GCCCCAGCACAGCGGCAGUCCAGUGGGCUGAGGACAAAAGAUCUGCUAUUUUUUCAUCAACCUUCCACCUCGUAGACCUGGGCCUAAUCGCUGGGACAAAGAUGGUGGGUGCAAAGGCCAUAGCAGGCCCCAGCACCUCCCUUCACCUGACACAGCAAGACAGUGAAGUCUGCAGUGUCAUAGUGAAACCUCCCUUCUAUCAGGUGUCCGGCUGUAGAUCUGUUCCCUGUACCUGCUGCUGCCAUUCUAGGUGGCCUCAUCUCACAGAGUCCACUUACAGCCGCCUGUUCUACAUCCUCCUCCAUGCAGGGGCCUCAGCAGUCUGCUGUCUCCUGUUGUCAAGAACUGUAGUGGAGAGGGUAUGGGGUAAAACACAUGGGAUCCAGAUGCCUUCAGGGUUGUGUGCCCAUCUGUUUGGCCACUCUCACUGCCCAGUGCUCAGUGGCUCUGGGGCUGUGUACCGAGUUUGUGCAGGAACUGCCACCUUCCACCUGCUGCAGGCUGUGCUGCUGGUCCACCUCCACUCCCCUACCAGCCUGCGGGCACACCUGCAUAAUAGCUUCUGGCUCCUCAAACUACUGUUCCUGCUAGGUAUCUGUGCUGUUACCUUCUGCAUCCCUGACGAGCAUCUCUUCCCAGCUUGGCAUUACAUUGGCAUUUGUGGAGGCUUUACAUUCAUCCUGCUGCAGCUGGUGCUUAUCACAGCCUUUGCCCAUUCCUGGAAUAAGAACUGGCAAACAGGUGCAUCCCAAGACUGCCGCUGGUUCCUAGCCAUGCUGCUGGCCACCCUAGGAUUCUACAGCAUGGCAGGUGUGGCAGCUGUGUUCCUGUUCCACUACUACACGCACCCAGCUGGCUGCCUGCUCAACAAGAUACUGCUUAGUCUGCACCUUUGUUUCUGUGGCCUCCUCUCCUUCCUCUCCAUUGCUCCUUGCAUCCGCCUCAAGCAACCGGGCUCUGGCCUUCUACAAGCCUCUAUCAUCAGCUGUUACAUCAUGUACCUGACCUUCUCUGCACUGUCCAGCCGACCUCCAGAGAGUGUAAUCCUUCAAGGAGAGAAUCAUACUCUAUGCCUGCCUGGCACAAGUAUAACGGAACCUCAAACACCAGAUACCUCCCUGGCAGUGUUGAGUGCUGGCAUCAUGUAUGCUUGUGUGCUUUUUGCUUGCAAUGAGGCUUCCUACCUGGCUGAGGUUUUUGGGCCCUUGUGGAUCAUCAAGGUUUACAGCUAUGAGUUCCAGAAGCCCUCACUCUGUUUCUGUUGCCCUGAAACAGUGGAGGUAAAGGAAGGGCAAGGGGAAGGAGCUGCCAGGCCAGAUGACCAAGAGACCUCUCCAGUUCCUCCAGUGCAAGCCCAGCACCUUUCCUACAGCUACUCUGCCUUUCACUUCGUCUUCUUCCUUGCAUCCCUCUAUGUCAUGGUUACCCUUACUAAUUGGUUCAGCUAUGAGGGAGCAGAACUGGAAAAGACCUUCACCAAGGGGAGCUGGGCUACCUUCUGGGUCAAGAUUGCCUCAUGCUGGGCCUGUGCACUCCUCUAUGUGGGGCUGCUACUGGCACCACUCUGUUGGCCCCCCACCCAGGACCCCAAGCCGCCGCCUAUCUUUAUGCAACACUGCCAUCGUAUUAGUGUUGCCAGAUAGUAAACAUCCAGUUUAGAUACUUUUAACAAAGCUGGUUCCUUUGAGGCUAUGCUCCUAGUCUUGGUUCAGGGGAACUGUACAGCCCAGCAAAUACCUCAAGGACAUAAUGGGCAGUUACCUUGUUUAGGCUGAAGUCAAUAUUAUGUCUGAAUUGGAAAAAGUGGUUAUAUAUACCCUAAUGCCCUGGGCAAGUAUCUGACUCACUAGAGCUACCAUUAUAUCUUCACCCUAACUGAAGAGCCUGACUCCCAAGUUAGCAGCUCAGGGAACCACUGCUAACCCCAGCAUAGAGUGUGAUACCAGCCCUUUCCUGGCUCUCAUGGUGGAGAUGAGGGCAGGGGAAAAACCAAGAGGGACUGAAGACUCAUUUGGCUCUGCCCUUGGAGAUAAAAAGAAACAAGCAAUUCAGCCCUGGGCACAGGGAUAUAAGAAGCCCAGAACAAACCCCGGACACAGGAAGAAAAGAACAGACACUACCCUAGGUUUUAAUCCUGAUCUUAAGGUCAAAGUAGUGGGAAGACAAAAACCACCCUCACUUCAUGAGGAAUGAAAGAAGACAAUGUGAACACUUGAAAGCAACUGACUGUAAAGUCAGUGAGCAGCAGGCUUUUGGGGCCCACCUUCAAGCAGGCAAACAAACUGAGAAAGAAUAAGGAAGAAGGGCAUAAACUUGGGUCUUGGAGCCUUCCUCCUUAGGCCCUCAACUCCAUCCCUGGGAUGGUGUUUAAGGUCUAAGUAGUGGACAAAAAUUACAGAAAAGAAGUCCCUAUGGUUCUUAGAAGAGUCUUCUACCACAUUCCCAGAGUGCUUGUCUGUUUGUUAUAGUAAUAAUAAAGAACUUUUCCCUGAUA